UUUCCUUUUUCCUUUUUUUUUUUCAUUGUUAUAAAAUGUCUAAACAAGAUUUAAAGUUCGUUAUUGAUCAUUUUACAAAUUAUCAACAGCCAGAGUGGAAAAUAGAGGAUGAUGUAAGAACAGCUUGUGUGGCGGCUAUUCUUCGUUGGAGACCUUAUACCACCGAUCACAUUCAUCCUACUACUUCUAUCCCUUCUUCCAUCCAAGAUUUCUUAUCUCAGCCUUGGUUUAAUGACUGUCAUGGUGAAGCUGAUAUUUUAUAUAUGCGACGUGCAUUAAAUCCCAAAGACCCUUGGUCUGGUCACAUUGCUUUUCCAGGUGGGAAAAAUGAAGCCAUAGAUAAAACUCCCUUUGACACCGUGGUGCGUGAAUGCAAAGAAGAAACGGGAUUAGACCUCGCAAGUCCCGCAUUUAUCCUACUCGGUACAUUGGAUCCAAUCGUCCUGACUUCCUUAAAAACUCGUAAUCCUACCAUGCGUUUGAUCCCCCACAUCUUCCUUCAAGUGACACCUGUCACACCUCAGAUUACAAUUCGGCCCUCUGAAGUAUCCGAAAUUACAUAUUUUAAAAUACAUUUGAUGGGUAUCCAGGGACACCAAUUAAGUAUUUGCUAAGUGAUCCCAUUGUUGUGUAUAAUCCUAUGGAGCAUGCUGAAGCUGUCACCAAACUUCCGCUUCCAGGAUCAACCCGCGUAGCAGGUGUACCCAUUCAAUUUCCAUCCAAAGAUGUCGUGUAUCUAUGGGGAAUGACUUUAAGAAUGACUCAAAAAAUUAUGGGGAUGGAAAUGUCUGAACAUACAAUCAUGAGUACACAAGAAAUAAAUGACAUUAAAAACAAGAAGAAAAUCACCGCCAAACUCUAGACAAUA